AUGAUUUCAGUGUCGUGGGAUGGUACAAAGAAGCCAGGAAAUGGAAUCAGAAGAAAUGAUAUAGCUAGUGAAUUGUUCGACGGGGAUCGAUUUAUGAAACCAUUUCAAAGUUUCUUCCCUCAACUCGAGAAUCAUUCAUCUGUUGAAAACUCUAAAGAGCUUGCUGAAAACACUAGGGGAUUGGCAGGUUCUGCUGUGGAUUACAUGGUUUGUCUUCUUUCUGACAUUUUCAUGCCAACUUAUGAUGGCCCAAGCAACUUUGCCAACAAUCUCCUUGGACAUCGCCUUUACUAUGGCUUCCGGACUACUAUCAGACCUGGUAGAAAAUCUCUUGCCCCUAUCUUCAUCGAUAGGGAGAAUGGGCGGACGGCUGGUUUUGAGGAAACUGUUAGGAAAGUCAUGCUCAAAACAAACUUUGGAGAACCUCACAAGCGUGUUUCUCCAGAGUCUUUCUAUACUAAUUCUUGGCCUGAAUGCUUCUGCCAAAUAUCCGCACAGAACCCUGCAGACAAAUGUCCCCCAAAUGACAUUUUAAAUAUUAUGAACGACGAAUUACAGAAAACAGAGACCGACACAAAUUCUACAAUAUCCUGAGCCAAGUUGUGUGGCAUUGGGCUAAUGGUUCUUCAACUCUGCAGUAAUGAACUGCUGUGGGCCAAAGCGAAAAGAAAUGAAGUCCUAUUACUGGAGCUCCAGAUUUGCAGGUGAUCAUUUUUGUCUCAAAUGAUUUACUUUACCGAGGGAAUGACGUGGUUAGACAUCGAGAAUUCAAGGUGCUGAUUGGUAUAUUUGCAUUCUUUAGCUUCAUGUAGACAAUAGGAGGAAGAUCACACGGAUUGGAUAGAAAGCGGGGUAUGUAACUGGAGUUAUAUUUUUCAGCAAAAAUCAACUAAAAUUGUAAUAGUUCUUCAAUCUGUCAGAGAAAGGCACUUCUAGUUACCUAGGGAAGGAUGAAAACUCUGGCAGAGUUAUGGUAUAGAUCUUUGGAGUGCUGGAAAAAACCAGAUGUGCUAAAUUUAUGUUCUUUUAUUUAUUUAAUCUUUUUUUGGGCUCGCCAUGAAAA